CUCAUUGAGAGUUUCGCGGCAAUCGUUAAUUGUAAAAGCGUGAUAUCUUCGAAGAGUGAGCACGUGCCCAGGUGAUUGGCAGUGGCGUAGGUGAGCUUCCUUGAAGCGGUGAUACGGCAGAAAUUUGAUAUCGUAACAUAGUGCAGUGGAUAAGUGUUUAUAUGGACAGUUGCGCAAGACUCAUUGAUAGUGUGUAAAACUUGUUAAAAUAUAAGAAAAAUGUUUUUGAGAAAGUUAUGCCGGAAUACCGUUGUGCCAGCAAAGCAACAAUCUGACGCCACUAGCGCAUCACAAUCUCAGGAGUCGAAUAAAGUCAGGUCCAAAGCAAGAAGUUGUGGGAAUUUGGUGGAUGCUCCAGUCGUCGAAAAUCGAAGAAUAAUCAACAAUCACAUAGGACAAAAUCAAAAUAUUCCAGCGUCGCCACCACCAUCGUAUUCUGCAAGAUACCCAUCUCCAAAUCUACACCGAGGCUAUCAAGAUAAUGAUACCAGCGAUUCAGAUGAAAGUAGCACCGGAGAUAGAUUAUCUAGAUCGAAUCUAAGAGGUGUUUACUGCCCUGAUCUCCUCCAUGCUUGUUCUCUAAUCUUACCAUCACAACAAUAUGAAGACCACCUACAACGUAAUUCCCUAGGACGUUCACUCUCCCUAUCGUCCGUUGAAUAUGCCGAAAUCGACGAAGUUUGCGAUACAUUUUCUCGAAUUAACCAUAACGAUCAUGCUAGUCCUGUAUCCAAUAACAACCAACAGUCUCCUGGUCAGGGAGAAAAAGAAAGAUGUUUAGCCAGCAGCUCUUCGGAUCAGGCAAUGGGUCAAAACUUAAGCCUACGUAGGCCACGCAUCUCUUUAACUUGGGUACUACGCGAGCAACAGCAACAAUCGAACUCAAAUGAAACCACAGGAGACAAGUCAAAUGUCGACAACAAAAAAGUUAAAAGUAAAGCUAAGGACGAGAAACUAUUCAAUGAAAAGUUUGUUGGAAAUCACAACUUGCAGGAGUAUCAAGAGAAGAGGGAACCAUCCAAAGAACUGCUUUUUGUCUGCACACCACAGAAGCACAACCAAUUUGCAACGGAGGAUCGACGAAUAAGCAAACUUAGAUACACAACUGUACAACAAAGGAAGUCAGAAAAUAUCGACGAAUUGAAAUCUUUGAAAGGAACUUACUCGGAACCUAGUCUGAUAGCGGCGAGCGAAGGAAACCAGCGACGUCACCGCCAUCGUAAAAGGCGUGAUCGAAAUCGUGUUCAAAAGUUCGGCUAUGAAAUUCGCAAUGUGGACGAAUUUUUGUCGAAAUGUUCACUUUCCUCGCCAGGAAAUAUUCCUGUAGUCCUGUCAUCGUCAAGCACCUUAUACCAAACGCGUCCUGGAGGAUACCAAAUCGAGAUACCACUCCCCUUAGGCAUGGUUGUGAACGCUGUAUUCAAAAAUCAGAAUUGGCUUUAUGUUCAAACUCCACACGCUGAAGAAGGAUACGUAGGCUAUGCUUCCUGCCUGCCUCUGGGGAUACUUCCACCCGCUAUCCGAACCACUCCAACCUCAAGACCAACUCCUUGUUGGGAGAAUACAGGCGAUGUGUUCCCGCGCCCUUGCGGCAACAUGACUGACAGCGAGAAAGAGAUCCGGUUACGAGGUGGAACUCGCUCAGAAGGUGCAAGGACACCGCGAUUGCGUAAAACUCCAGUGAAAACUUACGGUGAACAUCAUGUGGAUAAACUGUACUUGCGGGCUGCAAGUCAACCCCGCUUAGCAGAGAAGUCAUUUGCCCAACUCAAACCAACUCAGACUUACACUUCCACAAAGUGUAACAAUGAUGAGUACGUUGUCCUUCAGCAUAGAGCCAGGAUUGCUCAGCAGCAGACAGCGAAUGGAGGAUCAAAAUGUAGGAGUCUUCGUCAAACUUUGGUUGCUAUUACGGAUGACUAUUGUAACGGAAGUAUUGUCGUUCAAAAAGGUGAAAUUGUUACGUUGCUGGAGUGCAGGGAGACAAAGGACAGGAAGCAGUGGUUCUAUGUUAAGAAGAAUGAAGGUCAGAAAGGAUUUAUUCCGGCCGAAGUAGCAGGACAUGGAUUUCUUUAGAUGAGAUGUUGUAGCUUUAAGUGUUUUCUACCAAAAUGUCGUAUUUAAAAUGUGUAAACUAAGAAUAUUUUAUUUAUUAAAG